AUGAGUUCUUCAUCAGUUGCAACAAAUAAUGCUAGUUCAAAAGACGAAGACGUUGCUUUUUGGCUUCAUAAUAAACUUGGUUCACAUGUUGAUUUAUGGUCAUCAUUUAGUAUAAGUUCAACAUUAACACAAGAACAUUUAUUAUCAAUAAAAUCAAUUCUAUGGAGUUUAGAUACACUUGUUAAAGUUAAAUUAUUACUUUCAUUUAUUCAUAUCCCUAAACGAAAUAUAAAUGAAUGGGAAAGUUUAUUGAAAGAUAUUAUUGAAUUAAGUCGAAAAGAUAAUGUUGGUGAUCAAUGGGUUGCUGUUAUAAGCGAAAUUAUGAAAACAUUUCCAGAUAAAGCAUUGUUUAAUCUUGAUUUAACUGAUCAAGAAUGUGAAGGUUUUACAGAUGGAAUACAAGAAUUACGAAAAACAGGUUUUAUUAAUUAUUCUAUUAUCAUAUUUUCAAAUAUUAAUUUUUGUUUAGUUAAAAAAAAUAAUGAUACAACACAUUUACCAUUAGAAUCAUGUUAUUUGGGGAAAAGUGCAUUAAAAAUGUUAACAGGUGAUAUACCAAAUCCAUCAAAAUGUUUUAGUCUUAUACGUAAAGCAAAAUCUGCAAGAAUUAGACAAGAAUUAUUAGAAAAAAGUGCUCAAACAUCUAAAACAAAGAAAAUAUCAGAUUAUGCAGCUAUACCUGGAUCUCGACGAUCAGUUGAUGAAUAUUCAUCAAUUUAUUCUUCAACAAGUUCAACAUCAAAGCAAUCGAAUAUUGGUUUUCUUAAAUCAAAUCCAAUAAGUACAACAUCUGGAAUUAUUGGUACAGCACGUUUACAUAAUCGUCGUGAAGGCAACGUUAAACUUCUAUCAUUAGAAGAAGAACAAGCUUUGAGUGAUAAAAAACGAAAGAAAACUAUUUUGGAUGAUGAUGAUGAUGGUAAUGAAAAGAAAGCGAAUCGCGGUAAGAAAUCAAUUAAACAACAACAAAGUGUCAAUCAAGCGGAUAGUACAAUUGACGAUUUACUCACUGUACCCUCAACAACUACGACUAAUACAGAAACCCAUGAAUUACCUACUCCAAAUAAUCUUGAUCAAUCUGUUACUCUUAUUCCGCAACCAACUUAUGCACCACUAAGUCUAAAUGAAAUGCCAGCUACACCUAAUCCUCUAAUGAAUAAUGCAGCUAAUGAUCUACUUUAUGGACUUCAUCAAUCUCGUGUAGACAGAAAUUAUUCAACAAAUUUUAAUGAUAAUAAUAAAUCAAGCGAACAAGAUAAACUCCUAAAUACUUCUGCGAUACGAAGUGAUCUUAAAUUAACUAAUGAACAAAUUACGUUUGCUCGUGAUCUUUUUCGUUCCAGCACUUGUUUAACACGAGCAGAUAAAAGUCGAAUUUUAGCUUUUAUUGCUGGUGUUCGUGAUCGUUCAUCAGAUAAUAAUAAUUCAAAUAAUCCGAUUGUAACAAUAAAAUUGACUGAAAAAGAUGAAAUCAUACCUGAUCUAAAUACAGGUCAACCUCAACAAUAUUUUGCUGAAACAUUUUUUCAAAUGAAUACAUCAACUGGUGAAUGGAAACGUAUUAAAAAACUACGACCAUUAAAUCAAAUUAAUUAA